AUGGGAAUGGGCGUGGUGUGGAUGGUGUUUGCUGCGCUGUGUUGGGGAGGCACCAACCCCCUCUUGAAGGACGGAGUACAAGGCUUCGAUCGCGUACACGGCUCGCUGUGGCAACGACUUCUGUUCCUCGCGCGCCGAUGGCGCUUUGUGGUACCCUUUGGUGUGAACCAGUGCGGAUCGGUCUUCUUCGCCAUGAGCAUUGCUUCAAGUCCGCUUGGCGCAGCGGCAACUGUUGUCAAUGCCCUGACCUUCCUCUUCACGGCCAUCGUGGAUGCCAUCCUUGGGCACCGCCUCCUCCUUUCUUGGCGCCUGGUCGCCGGCACUGCCCUUGUUCUCUUUGGCGCACACCUCACACUCACAGCUGCACCCACGUGA